AUGGCUUCUCGGUGUCAGAGAUGUGGACAACAGGUGCCCAGGAAUCCACCUUUCACUGCUGUCCGGAUAACAGAAGGAGAAAUGAAGUCUUACCAUGAUUUUAUAGGAGGAUGCAUUAGACUGGAGCGUAUGGCAAAGAAAGAUGAAAUCAUGCAGCAGGAGAUACGACCGCUGGUUGCAGUGGAUAUAAUAGAACAGCUUCACAGGCAGUUUGCUAUCUUGUCAGGAGGAAGAGGGAAGGAUGGAGCACCCAUUAUUACCUUCCCAGAAUUUGCAGGAUUCAGUGACAUACCCGAUGAGGAUUUUCUGAACGUGGUCACAUAUCUAACCAGCAUUCCCAGUCUGGAGGCUGCCAGCAUCGGGUUCAUCAUCAUCAUAGACAGGCGACGGGACAAAUGGAGUGCAGUCAAGGCAUCACUGACACGGAUAGCAGGAGCAUUUCCAGGAAACCUGCAGCUGGUGUUUGUCCUGCGACCCUCCCGCUUUAUCCAAAGGACAAUCGCUGACAUUGGCAUUAAACUCUAUCGCGAUGACUUUAAAAUGAAGGUACCGAUCAUCAUGUUAAAUUCUGUCUCUGAUCUGCACGGCUAUAUUGACAAAAGUCAGCUGACCCGGGAGCUGGGAGGAACCCUGGAGUAUGGCCACAGUCAGUGGAUACAUCACCGAACUGCUAUUGAAAACUUUGCAAUGACAGUGAAAACAACAGCACAGAUGCUGCAGACCUUUGGAACGGACUUAGCAGAGACUGAACUUCCCAACGAUGUGCAGUGCACAGAGGAGCUCCUGUCUGCACACACUGACCAUCACAGCAAGCUGAAGGAUGAGCUGAAACUAGCUGUGAAGCAGGGGGCCACCCUACUGACAUGUAUUAGGGAGCCAGUCACCCGAAGUGCCAACAGCAAACUCAGUCCGGAUGAACUAGAAAAUGUGGCAACUGUGGAAAGGUUGUUGGCUCAGUUGGAUGAAACAGAAAAGGCUUUUGAUCAAUUUUGGACCAAGCAUCAUCUAAAACUAGAACAAUGCUUGCAGCUUCGACACUUUGAACAUGAUUUUAGAGAGGUAAAACUGACAUUGGAUAAUCUAAUGGAAGCACAAGCAGGUUUUUCUGACAUUGGAGACAGUGUGACUCGAGUAGAGCACCUCCUAAGGGAACAGAAACAAUUGGAAGAGAAAGGACAGGAACCAUUGGAGAAAGCCCAGACUCUAGCUCUCCAAGGAGAACAGCUCAUCCAAAACAACCAUUAUGCAGUUGAUUCCAUUAGACCAAAGUGUGUUGAACUCAGGCGUAUUUGUGAUGACUUUACCAAUGAGACCAAGAAAAAGUAUGAUAUUUUGGGAAAGUCUCUUGAGCUGCAUCAACAGUUAGAUAAGGCAAGCAAAUGGUGUGAAGCUGGAAUCUACCUCUUAGCUUCCCAAGCUGUGGACAAGUGCCAGUCACAAGAGGGAGCUGAAACCGCACUCGUUGAAAUUGAAAAGUUCCUGGCAACAGCUAAGGAACACCAGCUUUCUAACCCGAAGGAGUUCUACAAUCAGUUUGACACGAUCCUCACCCCUGAAAUAAAGGCCAAUGCCCAAAGAAUUCUACAAAAACUAGAAGAUGUACAAGAAAUGUUUGACAAGAGGCAAGUGAGUCUGAAGAAACUGGCAGCCAAACAGACCCGGCCGGUACAACCUGUUGCCCCACACCCUGAAUCUUCCCCAAAGAGAGCAUCACCAAAGACUACGAGACCAGCAGCAGUAGCUACCAACAGGAGGUCCACAGAAAUUUCCUGCCCUCCAAAAUCCAUCUCUGAGGCAGAGUUAUCGAAAAAGAAAAGUAUUAAGAAGACUAAAGGUGGAAUUAAGAUCGAAGUGAUGCAUGAAGCUAGUCAAGGGGGAUCUAGCAGAGUCUUGGUGAUGAGCGAAAGCGAUGAGAACCUGUCAACAAGGAGGAGCCAUAUAAUCAAUGAGCUGAUAGAAACAGAACGGGUUUAUGUAGAAGAACUUCAAAGUAUAAUAGAGGGUUAUGCUUCAGAAAUGGACAAUCCCAACUUAGUACAUCUGAUUCCAUCUACGCUCCAGAACAAGAAGGAAAUUCUUUUUGGGAACCUCCCAGAAAUCUAUGAAUUUCACAACAGGAUUUUCCUUAAGGAGAUAGAAAAUUGCAUUGAAAAUCCUGAGCUUCUUGCCCGCUGCUUUUUAAAAAGGAAAGAGGACCUCCAAAUAUAUGAAAAAUACUGUCAGAACAAGCCAAGGUCUGAAGCUCUCUGGAGACAAUGUGGAGACAGCAUCUUUUUCCAGGAAUGUCAACGUAAAUUGGAUCAUAAGCUUUCACUAGAUGCUUAUCUUUUAAAGCCAGUCCAGAGAAUCACCAAGUACCAGUUGCUAUUAAAGGAAAUGCUAAAGUGUAGCAAGAAUUCAGAGGGUACUGCUGAACUGGAAGAGGCCCUGGCCACGGUACUUGAUAUCAUCAAGUCAGUAAAUGACUCCAUGCACCAGAUAGCUAUCACAGGAUAUGAGGGGGAUGUUAGUGAGCUUGGUAAGCUGUUGAUGCAAGGUUCUUUCAACGUGUGGACUGACCACAAGAAGGGUCACAAUAAGGUGAAGGACUUGGCUAGAUUCAAACCGAUGCAGAGACACCUCUUCCUCUACACCAAGAUGCUGCUUUUCUGCAAGAAACGAGAGGAGAACACAGAUGGUCAUGAGAAGACGGCUUCAUACAGCUUUAAAAAUUCAUUAAAGAUGAGCACUGUGGGCAUUACAGAAAAUGUAAAAGGAGAUAACAAGAAGUUUGAGAUCUGGUAUAAUGGCAGGGAAGAAGUCUAUAUCAUUCAGGCAUCUUCUGUUGAGCUGAAAAACACUUGGAUUUCAGAGAUUCGCAAAGUCCUGACAGGACAACUGGAGGCAUGCAGAGAAGCAAGUCAAUUACACCAAAGAAUCACUGAGAGUGUAUACCAUGCGCCAAUGAAUUCCUCCAAUAUGAGCAGGUAUAGCAGGAAGUCAUCAAACAUAUAUGAAAACAAAUCCGAGACAUCAAAUGUGGAAGCAUCUAACAAUAAAAACAGGAAUUCCAGUCCCAGUGCCAGACAAAAGAGAGGUCCCCUUGUUCCUGCAGUUAAAGUCAAGAGACAUGAAAUAAAGAGUGACCCAACUCCCUUGGGGUUUGAAGAUGCUUUUGAGAACACCAUAUUGGCCCAGACUAAAUGUAAUACUGGUUCCACCACGAGACCUGUACCUAGAUCUGCUUCACAGACAGGUUGGCCCAGCAGGCAACUGCCAUCUCUAGACACAUUUGAAGAUUUCGAAGCCAUCCCCUCCAGCAUGGAUGAACUCUCCAACUCUUCAGACAUGGAGGAAGAGACCAACCCUAACAAUGGGACCAAUCUUUUUCGGGUAGAAGGCAGUUUUGACAGCUGUUUCCCAGAUUCUCUUACACUUGAGGAUGGAGAUCUAGUGCAGUUUGUGCAGGAAGGAGAAAACGGACAAUGGUUAGUGAAGAAACUGGUCUCUGAGAAAAGUGAAUGGGUUCCUUCCAGUAUAUUGCAGCCAGCAGAGGGGGACAGUAACAACAUAAUUAAGAACAGCAAUGCAGACAUGUACAAUGAUUCCUGCAGCACGGCCUCAGUAGAGUCAGACACCAAGGAGAGUGAGGUGGCCAAAAGCUUCCCAGCAGAACAGAGGGCUGGCAGCUGAAUGGUAGGACCAGCCUUCCUCAGGACCCUAUCCAUCUCUUUGUUUAUUUUGGGUGGACACUGGAUCAAAGUUGCCUUUCUCACAAGCUCUGAGCUUCAUAAUUCUCUGAAACUUCAUCAGCAUGAACAGAUGAGAACCACAAUGCCCACCUGGCAAGGUGGGAAAAACAAACCUAAAGGGAACAUGAACAUCCAGACAGCAUCAAAACCCACCAUCAGUAUUAGAGGAGAAAAAUGCUUCUUGCAUUGUUUAUCAAACUGUUUCAGAAGAUGUGGCCUAAAUUAGGUCGACAGCAGAGCUGGAGAGUUACUAUGCACGCACCUUUUGGCAACUUUGCUUGAACACCGAGUUACUGCAGAGGGACACACACAUGGAUUUGAGUUCUUGCUCUACUAUGGAGUCGCCUGGAGGUUUUUCCAUUUGCUUGCCUCAGUGGCUGUGCCUUCCCCGCCCUCCUUAAUUCCAGCUGAUACAUCACAAAUGUGCCCUUUUUGCUGAUGGUAAACACCAAAACCAUCACAUUUUAGGUUGGCUGUGGAAAGGAAACUUCUGACUUGGACCAUCAGAGAGGCUUCGUGCAGCAAUGACUUGACUACUUUUGCAAUGGCACAGUGAACAACCUGCUGCACACAGCAUUAUUUUGGGAUGAUGCAGAUGGCAACUCCUGGCCAUGAUGUGGAGGUGCAGUGCUUAGCCAGGAGGCAAGGAUGUGUGACAGUUACUGUGACAAAGAACAUGUUUAACUCUUUAUGUAAUAGAAGUCAUUCCUUUGCCCCCUCUGCAGUCUGUGGUUGCUGGUUCACAAUCCUUUGCAUUUGGUGCCGAGAAUUCAAUUGAAUGCCAUUUAAUGUCAUAUGUUUGAGUAGACUGCAUGCUUUUUUUGUGUGCUGGGCUAUGGAGUAGGAACAUUUCAUCCCCCACAUGGAAUAUACUUAAGCAUCGCAAAUAGGCAGUGAGCAUUAGAUGCUCCAAUGAGUGGAUAAAGUGUUGUAGUUAAAUACUUAUUUCCAGGACAUUUGGUUAAAGGACUGUACCAAAUCUCUGCCACAUAAGGAUGUAAUGUACAAUAUAAAGUGAUAACAGAUUUUAUUAUUCCUAUACAAGCCAUUAGCUCAUUUAGAGCAGCUGUUAAGGUGUGAAGGCAUUUUGAUGGUAAUUGGGUCUUAGGUCCCACAAAAGCUGCUAAUACUUUAGUAAAAAAUAGUAUUGACUAAGGUUGCAAACAGGUGAAGAUCAGACUGGAAAAAAUGUCCCUGAAAGCUCAAAACUAAGUGAUUGGCUUUUGAAAUUAGAGAUUUUUUGUUUAUCUCUGAGAACAGUGAUGCUCUAUGUAAAUAAUAAAGGGGACAAGAUAACUAAAAAUGGAGAGAAAGCAAAACCAAAUAACACUCUUUAGUAACUGAGCCUCUUAGCAAAACAGUAGGAGUCUGUAACGUGUUUGCUAUCUUCUUUGCAGGGACCUGAAUGUUUUUCUUUGCGUCUCAGUGAAGGCUGGUAUUGCAAAUAUCGUAGUGUGUGAGUCAGGAUAGCUGCGAAGCAAGUAGAUAGUCCCAUUCAAGAAAGAGCUUUGAAGUAGGUAGGUAAAGGCUUAUUCAGAUUUUGUUUGCCUGUGAAGGCUUAUUGGUUAAUUAUGAGUUGCACUGCGGUGGUGAAUCCCCAUGAAUAAUGUUCUUCUAACCCUCAAUUUCUAAACUCUGGUUUCUGACGUUUUCUGUUCGUGACAAAAGGACUGUAACUUUUUGGUAGCUAAUUUUGUCCUACAGAGAUAAGAGCUUGUACAUUUUGUGCUGGUCAUUUACGUUAAAAAUGACAUGUAGGCUCCCAGGAACAUGAUUCCUGCUAAAAUCUGCUGAAGUUAUGAGCAUCUUGAGGGAAGAACUGACUCCUUUCAGUCCCCCAAGGAAAUGUGCAGUGACAUUUUCUUGUAGUGCAAUUAUUUAAUCCUCUCCAUAAAACUACUUCACUUUGGUUUCUAUAUUACUUUCAGUAAUUUUUGCAUGGCCUGAUAACAGUGCUCCUGUCUACCCCUGCCCUAUGCACAGGAGAGGAACAGGGAAGGGAGCUUUGAUUGCACAUUACUAAGUGAGUAUAGUAAGCUUUUGUGUGUGUGUGUGUGAGAGAGAGAUGGGGAAGGGUUACGCUGUGUAUAUGAAACUGCCAAAACUAGGAUUUGUGACAUUGCACACUCGUGGGAAGACCCAAACCUGCACUUUGGAGUUUCUGUGGAGGAAUCUCAUUCUAAUGGUGACAUGGCAGUGGGAAGUCUUUGUUUGAACUGGAGAUUAAAAAUCAGGUAUUGCGAGUCCUUUUCCUACCUCUGCCGUGUGCAGGGUGUCAGUGUGCUGCUCCUGUAUCCCCUGGUGCCUCGGUAUCUCCCUGUGAAAUGGGAGGUAUUGGAUUUCCCUCAUGUCCAACUCUGAUGUUAAAUUCUAGCAUGUAUGCAAAAACUGGGGACCUUUCGGGGAAAGCAAAGCAUUCACGUGUCCCACUGUUCCGUACCUGAGUGUCAGCAGUGGCAUCCUGUGGAGUACUCAGGAGCUGGAGCAGGGAGGAGGAUUACUGCAGAAGUGUCUCCUGUCUCUCCCAGCAGACCAACCCAUUUGAUAACUGCAAAGGUAUGGGUUGGAUUAUAACAAUUCUCAUUCCUACUUUGCUUUUGAAAACUUUUUUUUUUUUCCCCAAUAUCUCAUGUUUUAUCCUGUUGGACCAAAGUUUGAGUUACCCCUGCACCAGGAAUGUCCUGAGGCUGGCUGGUGACUCCCUGCCCCAUGGCUGUGUGCAGCAGUGACACAGCACUCGGGUCUCAGCGGUCUUUGGGAGCCGUUUGUGCCACAGCUGUUCUCAGACACACUGAACCUGAGCAGGGAGCCCACACCAGUUAGUUGUGUCUUUAAGCUCUCUGUAGAGCCAGAGAGCCAAAGGCAGCUGCCUGUUUCUGUCCCCACAUCCCAGACUCAGACCAUGCUGCAGCUGCUGCUGGGGAGUUCCCGGAGCCCUUUGCCUGGCUGAUGUCUGCAGUGCUUCUCAGACAGUGCGACACUGCUGGCUUUGCUUUUUUAAAGAAUAAAUUUCAAUGGAAGGUCAGGCUGCUGACAAGUCUGAGGGCAGCCAACAAGGACUAAUGUUCUGGUUUUGCUGAUGCGACAGAAUGGGGUUUGAUGACUUUGUUGUUGUUGUUGUUUUUAAUAGUGGACAGGAUAGUCUUUUAAUUAGUGUAUUUUUGUCAAGCAAGGUGGUAAUUAAAGGAAUGACUCUCCAUGACUCUCCAUGUACAGUUUGGAAUAUUAUCUGCCACGGUCCAGCAACGCUGAUGUGUACAUUAAGGUAUAGUUGUUCUGUAUGUAGGCCUUUGAGACUAUCAUGUUCAGAUAGAUGGACCUAAAAAUGGUGGUUUCCAAAUAUGGAUUUCAUUUCAAUGUUGUUUGGAGGUAAUAUAGCAGUCAUUUAGAAGUAGCCACAAAGUUUCAGCUGUAGAAAAGACAAGGCCCAAGGUAAAUCUGUGCCAUAGCAGCACAUGGCUGAACACCGUGCCCUUGCUUCCUGACCAGCGAGGCCCUGCCAGCUGCCGGGCCACCCGGCUGUUCCCUGAGGGUCUGCACUAGCAAGAUACGCUCUCCGGGGUGAGGUGUUGGCUUGGAUCUCCUCUCUCUGCUCCAGUGCCAGCUUCUGUGAAAUUUGCCGAAACUUCUGAUCCUCGAAGCUCUGCCCUCUGCUCAUUUGAGUGUGGAUGGGCAAUGGGCUCCUUCAUUACCAGAAGCAGUGACAGACAGGCGAUUACCAUGGUAUCAGUCUUGCUGCUUUAGUAAACCAGGCCAGAAUGUACCCAGGCAUGAUCCUCUCCUUCUUUCAUUGUCAGACCCCACUGAAUGGAGAAUCAGACCAGUGAUCAUUGUCCGCGUCAGAAAUGGCUCAGCCAAACCGUGUCUGAACCCUGGCUCAUCCUGCCAGUCACAACACAGCUGUGUGUGUGUGUCUUAUAUUCUGGUUGUGUAUGUGAUGAAAAGCCAUUUUAUUAUCCAUUGUUUUCUUAGGUUCUGAGAUUUCAGACAGGAUUGGGUAUGAAAAAGGCCUUGUGCUUCCUUUCCAAAAAUACUCAAAGCCUGGUUUCUAAUAUAUAUAUGAUUAGACAUAUUUAAGAAUAGGGGGAGGAAAAAAAAAAGAGCCAAAUUGUGUAUUUCUUCUUGCAGUUGGAGCUGAGAUAGCUGCUAAGAUUUCCUCUCCCCAGCUGAGAAUUGGUACAGUUUGUUUUUCUUACAUAUUUUCCAUGGUGUUGAUAAUGAUGUAUUUGUAUAUUGUGGCUGAUGAGAGAUAAUCAGACAGGGAAAAAGCACAGAAUUACCUGUCCUUUUUUCCAGUCAAGACAGAAUGUAUGAAUUUAUUACAAGAAGAAAAAAAAAGUGUGCAGAUGGACUUUCUGUAAUUAGGCCAUUCUGACCUAUGUAGAACCACACUUUGUUUGAAAUUUACAAAAAUUAUAACUAGUAC